AUGUAUGAACGUAAAGAAUACGCUCUGUCAGUAAAUAACUUAACUCUAACCGUGCAACUCGCAAUAAGGGAAAUUCCAAUACCGCUAAGUGUAAACGAAAUUGGGCUCAUUGGGCCAAAUGGAGCUGCUUCAAUCAAUCCAAUGACAUCACACACUAAAAGAGCAACAACGGGCUUAAUUGAGAACGACAUUGGUCCAGCUCGCGAUCGCGCCAGCAACUGUUCCAAUCUCGAAAGUAAUACCCGUGUCACGUUGCGAGCUCUUGAUUCAUUUUAAACGGUGUGACGAUUAUCAUGUCCACGUACAUUAUUGGACUAAUAUGCGCCAUGAUCCUGGCGGCAUUUGUGAUCGCUUGGAUAACGUUUUGCAUGUUUUGCAAAGAGCGUCACAAAUCGGAGUCUUAUCAAUACAAUAUAUCGGAUUUGCGACGAAAAAAUUACGAGAUUGCCCAAGAACAAAUGGAGGAAAAUAGUGCUAAAGAAUAUAAAGAAGUGACAGCUGGAAUUUUCAUAAUGCCAUCACGUCACAAAGAGGAUUACAGCUACGAAAAAAGGCCUGAUUAUCCUGAAGGGACUUUGGCGGAUUUGCAGCCAAGGACUGAUAAGUUAAUAGAGAUUAUCAGUGACAGUCCUACUGACGCGGAACAUAAAUCUGUCGGUUUUGAUCUCGACUCCAGCGUCCCGUAUCACAGUGACGUAUAAAAUCGUUGCACAACCAUUGUUAUUUGAUCACAAUACACCAUUCAAUUGGUAUAUUAGGUAUAGGUACGUUUAUUUAUUCCUUAUCGCUUUAUAUGUGUGGUACAUUUAUGAGAAUUGAUUUUUCUUACAAAAUACGAUUGUUAACCUAAUUUAUUAUCUUAACAAAAUGCCAUUAGUAAGAUAAUUAAACAGUUGUUAUAAA